AUGGACCAUGUCCGAUGCACAGACACGCUGACGCUGGAUCACGAUGCGACGACGCGGCGUCGGAUGAUCAAUCAAUAUGUCGUUGACUGUGAGCUGGGCCGCGGUGUGUUUGGCAGUGUGAAACUGGCGCAUGAUGUGGCGACGAGCGCCUUGGUGGCGAUCAAGAUUGUGCAACGCGAAGCGCCUCGCAGGCUAGGUGUGUCGUACGUGCCACGGCAGACGGAUGAGCGCGUUCUGCGCGAAAUCAGAGCCAUGUCCCGCUGUAGGCACUCCAAUGUCGUGCAACUAUACGAGGUGAUUGAUGAUCCACGCAGCCGCAAGUUGUUCCUGGUCACCGAGUACUUGAGCGGUGGUGCCUUGGCGUGGCGGGACGCGUUGACGCAUACGCCCGUACUCACGUGUAGCGCGACCAGGCGUGUCAUUCGCGAUGUCGCACAUGGUUUGGCCGCGUUGCAUCGAUGUGGUGUCAUUCAUCGCGACUUGAAGCCCGCCAACAUUUUGUGCACAGAGCACGGCGAAGCGAAAAUCAGUGAUUUCGGCAGUGCCUACGUACGAGAGACGCUAGGCUCAGCAGACGCGCUGUCAAGCACGACGGACCCUGUUUUGGCCCGCACGGCUGGCACACCGGCUUUCUUUGCGCCAGAGCUGUGCUACGGCGCCACUGAUGGACCGCCGAUUACCAAGGCUAUGGACGUGUGGGCCUUGGGCGUAACGCUAUACUGUUUGCUGUUUGGUCGCGUGCCAUUUGAUGCAGAGACGGAAUACUUGCUGCUGGAAAGCAUCCUGCAUGACGAUUAUACCGUGCCAAUGCACAUGGGCAGCGACCGUGUGUUGGUAGGCCCGCGACCAGCACGGUGGCCCUCGCCGCAAGGCACGCCCAAUGUGCCGCUGUCCGGCGAGGCGCAUGCAGUGCGCCACCUGCUCGAUGCUCUUCUCGACAAGGACCCAGCAACGCGCCUCACUCUCGAUCGCGUUAUCUCGCAUCCAUGGCUCGUGGCAGAGUCAUGGUGA